CACACGAACGUAUCUAUAAGGUAUUCAGAAUAUCUGGCUAGUCGAUCGAUCGUAUUGGCCUCACUCAUCUUAUCUUGAACCAUCUUCACUCCACUAGUACAAGCCCUUCAAUAAACUGCUUUGUAUGAUCUUGAGGCUCAUAGCACUGCCGGCCAACAACAUGCUUCCUGCACUAGAAUCUGACAGAAACCGAGCGCUGGAUCGCGCAUGCCGUCCAUACGUUCCAUUCUCUGGGUCCCUUUCUUCACGCAUGCUUGAACGUCACAACCACGUUACGCGUAAUCUCUCCAGCUCACAUUUACUAGGAUCUGCGUGUUAUAUUUGGAGCCGGAGAAGUCGAACUCGAAAUUGCAAGGUGUCCAAGUUUCAGUGGUUCUUCUGGGUCGAGAUCCUCUCACAAUAACUCAUUGGGCGAGAAAGGUGUGUGCCGCGGGGCUGCGCCCAUCACACUGAAGCUCUAAAGAGAUGCAUCAUAACGCUGUCUUCUAUCGAAAACGAACUACUAUGCUUCUUCUCUAUCGCAGUGAUAUACAUGGUCAAAGGGGGGUAGGAAGAGGAUGUAAAGGGACAUCGUCCAUUGGCCGCGACAUCGAUAGUACCGAAAAUCGGAUCAUCAAGAGAGGGCAAGGCUGUUGUCGCAUUCUUCCCAAUACUAUCAUACAGCCUGAUGGAGAGUAAUACCACCCUUAAUAAUCUUUUAUGACCCUACUUCUAGUUU